CAAAGCAUUUCCGUGGUGGAAGUUAGUUCGUUGAACGGAAUUUUUACUCCAUCCCUAACGGCAAUAAAACUGAUAAUAAUGGUGCUUUGUCCGUCUUGUUUGGUCGUUUUCCUAUUGACGGACUAUAGAUUUAUUUAUGGAUACAAUAUCGAUACAGAAUUUCCUAAAAUAUUCAAAGGACCACCAAGUUCUCAGUUUGGAGUAUCAGCAGAGAUUGUCAAAGCGGAACUAUAUAAUUGGAUUCUGGUGGGAGCUACACGUGAUAAUUUCACGGACAAGCCCGAGAUUCCUCAUCCAGGAAAUGUUUAUGCGUGUCAGCUUAGUUUCAAUGGUGAAGAAGACACAUGUUCUAUCUUAAAUGAGUUGAGGACAGCUGAAUCUACUGGAAGAGACAAACCUGAAGGAGUGUUCGAGCAGAGGGAACAACUUCUGGGAGCAACCAUUCAUGUUCCCAAAGAUCCCAGCAAAUCUGUGAUGAUAUGUGCCCCGAGGUGGAGAAACUUGCGUUUGUUUAACCCCAGUGACUUCAAUACAGAUUCUUACCAAUUAGCUGGUAACUGUUUCCAGCUUAGAAAUAGAAACGACCUAAAUGAAACCACGCUUAACAUGUUCCGGAUGAAUCAGUCCAUGGUGACGGAUGUUUACAGGGACCCAGAGAUAGGAUUCUCCGUCACCGACUCGCCGCAUCCAAAUUUCGAUACCAUAUUCGGCACACCUAAUGCUGGUCUCGCAUCAACAGGUGGCACAAUGGCACAGUCAGGAGACAUGCGGAAUUCGCAUCCGUUUAUCAUCGAGAAGUCUGACCUGUUCACGACCUAUCAGUCAGGGUCGUACUUUGGUUACAGUGUGGCCUCUGGCAGCUUUGGCGGAUCCGGGUUUUAUUACGUUGUUGGGGCCCCUGGCUUUAGCAAUCAAAAUGGCGUGAUUGGUUCGUUCUCAAUCAUGGCAUUCGACGGUGUAACAGAACAACUGGUAAAACUGAUAGAAGGUCAACAGAUUGGUGGUGGCUUUGGGCAGACACUGGUAAUAGCUGAUAUAAAUGAUGACGGCAUCGACGAUAUCCUGGUGGGGGCACCAAAUACUUACCUAAAUGAGACGGACAGAAACAAAAUAGUAUACGAUGUUGGUGUUGUACACAUUUUUUAUGGAACCGGAACGACAGCGACCUUCAUAGAACAAACCUCACAAACACUUCAUGGAGCAGAAACUCUUGGAUCUAGAUUUGGAACCGCGAUUUCCAGCGUAGGAGACUUGAACAAAGACGACAUAAACGACAUUGCAGUAGGCGCUCCGUACGAGGAUGGAAUGGGAGUUGUGUAUAUAUUCAAUGGAAACAAACCCACAAUAGAAAACACGUUUUCGCAAAGAAUUCCAGCUAGAUCUAUUAGAAAGGGAUUAUCUGGUUUUGGGUACUACAUUUCCAAAUUUGGCGAGGAUCUGGAUGGUAAUGAGUACAAUGAUUUUGCAGUUGGCGCAUACAAAUCGGACAAUGUCGUUGUUCUUCGAGCAAGGCCAGUGAUAGAUGUCCAAAUUUCCGUCAGCGUUGUAACUGACCCGGUACCAAUUAGUUCAAAGGGAUCCAUUUGUCAAAUACCUGGAUCCACUAACCCAUGUUUUAUUUUCAAUGUCUGUCUUAAUUUCACCGGUGAGGGCAUCAACAAGACGUAUAUUGACUUGAGAAUUUCAUCCGACGCCAAUCGUAGAAAACCGAGGGUGUCUUUUGAUGAUGGAAGGCAGCAGGAUAAUGCAAAUAUGUCUUUAUUAGAAAUAUUCUCCUACGAGAAGACUUGCCUGAAUUUUACCCUAAGAACUCUUAUUAUUGAUCGGCAAUUUUUCGAGGCGAUCGAGGAACCGAUAGUUAUGGAGAUAAAUUACAUGUUAAGCACAGAAUUUGUCCCGUCAAAAGUCAGAGCCAUUUUUCAAAGAAAUGCACCUACCAAGGUUCUUACUCAGGUUUCAUUCGAUACCGGAUGCAAAUCAAUGACAAUGUGUUACUCCAAUUUAAAUAUUGUGUCAACUAUAGACAAGACUAAGUUUGCGAUCGGGAGAGAUGAAGACGUCAGCUUGAACAUUGUCUUAAGAAAUUUUGGAGAACCUUCUUUUCGAACAUGGCUAAAGAUUCGAUAUCCCACAGUGUUUGCAUAUUCUGGACUUAAAAUGGAAAUUCUUUCGGAGAGGAUUACCUGUACAUUAAUCACUUCUUCAUCCGACGAAUCGGACCUUUCUUGCUAUCUGGAUGAUCCAUUUUACCCUCACAUGGUGGUUAAUAUUACAAUUUUCUUCUACAUCUCGAAAGAUAUGAUUUCGAAACCGGAAUUGAUCACUUCCCCAAUUUUGACUUUUACCAGUUCAGCCUCUACCAAUCACGACACAGAUUCUAAAGACAACGAGGAUAUAGAAGACGUACAACUUAGUUUGCUGACGGAUGUGUCACUGAAAGUUUCCUCAUCUGAUGAGCAGAUUCUCGCGACCAACACUAGCAUACACUUCACCAACACCUACACUUUGUUCAAUGACGGACCGUCCCCGAUUGACGCGGCUCUUGUGUAUUUUGCCUUCCCAGUACAGUAUACCGACAACAUCAUCAUAGAUCAAAACAACUCAGUGCCAAUGCCAUCAAAUAAUGGAGAUAAAUGCAUUAUCAAGUAUCACCCUGAACGACAGAGAACCUCAGAGAGCGUAUCAUUUCGGAAUACUUUCCAGUUACAGCCCCUGUUACAUCGAUCUGAGACAUCACAAACAUUGUUCUGUGACUCAGUGAACCACGAAUAUGACUGUGCUGUUGUGGAGUGCACCGUUUAUAAAGUUCGACCGACAGAGAGUGAUAACAGAACAUUCACAUUGUCAUUCCGUUUGGAUACUACACUCCUCCCACCGUUGCUGAAGGGUAAGGCCUACUUAACAUAUGUGGUUCAAGCAACUGUGUUCCCAUCACGUGAUACCAGAAUUCCUUUGCGUUUUGUUAAAAACGUCACUAGUGAGAUGUCGGUGAAUAUUUUACUCUCUGACUCCUUUAACCAGGCCGCAGAAGAAAUAGAUCUCUGGAUUAUCAUUGUGGCCUGUAUUUUAAGCAUCUUACUGUUCAUUUUUGUUGGGAUUGUUCUAUGGAAGUGUGGAUUUUUUGAAAGAAAAAAGAGAAAGGAACUAAACGCAUUCAAAAGAAAAACUCAAAUGUCAGUACGGAGUGCUCGAAGCGCACGCAGCGGCGCAGCAGGCUCCAUAAAGAGUUCUAGAAGUAUACCCACAGGAUCAUUUAGGGUCAAAAAGAUGGGCGACGAUCAUGAGAAACUUCAUGAUAGAAACACAUCAGAGGAUAUUAGAAAUUCAACACCUUUCAGCGCAGAGUGAUUACUUGUUUUGAAUCUGUCAUCGUUUACUUAUCUCGCAGUGUGUAUGCAUAUUUUUAACAUACAUCCUGAAAUAUACGACGGUACCUGUCUUAAUACAUGUUGAGAUCCAAUGGAAGGUAGAACAUGUCUUAUUUACUGAUAUAUACUGUAAAUGCUUGGAUAAAUAAAACAACACAUGCAUA